AUGCUCUGCCAUGAUCGCCCACCCCCGCCGAUGAGACAGUAUCGGUCGCUAGAAGGCAUGGAGAGAGUCGUGCCGCCUGGUGUCUCGUACAUGCCGUUGGGGUCAGAUCUCUGUCUCAAUAAACCGCUGCCAGCCACGCCGCCGGACCAGCCGUUCCGGUCAUCGGUGUUUUGGAGCGACGACAGCACGGUUGAUACCGAUCUCAGCCAGGAAGAAGACGACGACGAGGAGGAGGAGGAGGAGGAGGAUCAAAACGGAGACUACCAGAGGCAUCGCGGGUCCUCACAGAGUUAUCCGAUUUUGGUGCAGUCUGAUACGGAAGACUAUGUCGAGAUGGUCAGUCAGGAGUAUAGUCCACAGCAGAAAACAACCGGAGACCAAAACAACCAGCAUCACAGCCAUGGCCAUCUUACGAAACAUGAAUCACCAAACAAAGACUCGCUGGCGUUCAAGACCUUCCUGACCGAAGAACGGUACGGCCGGCAACCGCCUGGCUGGACGGCCCAGAACCGCAUCGGAACGAGUCCUUAUUUCCGCGAGAAGAAGUGGGAUUUCUUCCCGGAACUGGCGACUCCGUCUUCUUCGCAGCUGAGCUCGCAGGCCUCAUCCUCAAAGACGCGUAAAAGAACCGGUCAUGAUGGAGGCAAGUCGUCGCGGGCUCGAUGGCACGCCUCAUCCGAACGCUCUGGACUAGGUCUUGUCCGUGACUCGAUCCGCUCGUACGUGCAUCGCACGCUGUCGAAAACUUCAACCGACAAACACAAGGAGCAACAACAACAGCAACAGCAACAGCAACAGCAACAGCAACAGCAACAGCAACAGCAACAGCAACAGCAGCAGCAGCAGCAGCAGCAGCAGCGACAACGACGGCCUAUCACGGCUCCCUCAGACGGAUAUUUCACCAGCUCCGCCGAUACCACCACCCAAGACAGCGACCAGAUACGGUCGGUUUCAUUCUCGACCGACUCGACGACAGAGCAAAACUACUACCAGCAUCAGCAUGAAUCAUCUCGCAAAAGACAGCUUGCCGUCCCGAUGUCGCCGUACCAGAAAUACGGCGCCGCCAUCUGGGAUAAACAACCCACGACAUCCUCGAAGCGCAUCAGUUCGCACCAGGGCUACUACAACGUCCGUCUACAGAAAUAUACCCGAUCCAUAAUAGACCCGUCCUCGCCGGAACACUCACGCUCACACUCGCCCAGACGAUCACCAAGACAUUCCCCUGAUCUAGACCGCGAUGAACCGGGAAACGUUCUCGGCGUGCUGGAUGGGGCGCGCCGCCGCUUCUCCGAAUCGAAAGCGGACCGACGGCGUGCUCAGCUCAAAGCCCAGAUUAAGCUUGUUGGGCCUGUCAAUCCAUAUACCUGUCAAGCGGAUCCAUGGAUAUAA